AUGUUAUAACUUAUAACAAAUAUUAUUGCUUUCAAUACUUAUCAUAAUUAUACAAAUUAUCUUUUGGAGGAUCUAAAUAGAAAUAUUGAUUCAAAUUAUAUCUUAAAUGUAAGAGUUUCUGAAGAAUAUCAUUGUGGUAAAUAUGAAAGACUAAACUAUUUAAUUCCAAGCUAAAAUAUGGAAAAACCUGAGAAAAUAAAGCUUGUGUAAUUAUGCUAUGAAAUUUCUGAAAAAAUUUUGGAUAAUACUUAAUUGAAUAAAAUUAGUACAGGUAUUUAAAAAUGCACUUACAAAGGUACAACAACAUAAUCUUAUUAAGGAAUAUGCCCAAUUUCAGAUUUGAUGCUAUCUGAUAAAGAGCUAGUGGAAGGCUAUGAGAAGAUUUCUAAUUUUAAAUUAGAUAAUAUGAAUAUGUUUAUUAAAAGAGAAGACCCAAACUAGUCUCCAUUAGUUAGUAUGAAAAUAAAAAACCAAAAUUCAAAAGAUACUAAUGAUUAUUUUUUAAGACCCACAGAUAUGAAUUUUAAAUUGGAUGUGCUAUGUACUUUAGAGUAUAUUAUAGAAUGUAUAUAAUAACCGCUUGAAACCAAUCUUACUUUAUACUUAGAGAAUAGAGUACCAGUAGACUAGAGAUGCAAAUAUAAUCCUAAAAAUGAUUUGCCAGCACAAUAUUUUAUUUUUACUUAUUUCUCUUUUAAAUGUUUCUUUAUUUAAAUUUCUUGUUAUAUGGAAGAUCUUAAACAAAAUAAACCUAUUAUAAAAAUUUAUAAAUUCGGUUUAAUACUACUUUGCUUUUUCCGUAUUAUAGACUUGUGUGGUAUUUAUCAGUUGUUAUUUUUUGGAAUAGUGAAUAAAUUUGGAGGAGAAGAUUGUUUUUUAUAAGAUGAAACUAGCUAAAUAUUUUUAGAAGAAGAUUAUUUUUUCAUGCUAAAAGUUAAGAUUUUAUUGGCCAUUCAGUUUAUCUACUUCACUUUUUAUUUUAUAAAUUUGAUAUGGAUGUAAACAGACAAAAAGGAUUGUAUUCUUUCAAAAGAUGAUUUAUCAGAAGUUGAAUUUGUAGUAGAAUUAGAAGAAUAAAAAUGA